AUGGGCAUUAAACAGCUUUUUUCCAUCAUCAAGGAUGAGGCUCCCGACGCCAUCAAAGAGGGAGAGAUCAAGAACCAGUUUGGCCGCAAGGUCGCCAUUGAUGCGUCCAUGAGCAUAUACAGUUUCUUGAUUGCCGUGCGAUCUGAUGGACAACAGCUGAUGAACGACACCGGCGAAACGACGUCUCAUCUAAUGGGCAUGUUCUACCGCACCCUACGAAUGGUUGACAAUGGUAUCAAGCCUCUUUACGUAUUCGAUGGCGCCCCGCCUAAGCUCAAGUCUGGUGAGCUGGCAAAGCGAUUUCAGCGAAAGCAAACCGCACAAGACGGCCUUGAAGAGGCCAAAGAAACUGGCACAGCUGAAGACAUUGAGAAGUUCUCAAGGCGUACAGUCCGUGUAACGAGAGAACACAAUGCAGAGUGCCAGAAGCUUCUGAAGCUUAUGGGUAUUCCUUACAUCAUUGCUCCUACCGAGGCUGAAGCACAAUGCGCUGUACUUGCGCGAGCUGGCAAGGUCUACGCAGCGGCUAGUGAAGAUAUGGAUACCCUUUGCUUCAACACACCAAUCCUCCUACGCCAUCUUACCUUCAGCGAGCAAAGGAAAGAGCCUAUCCAGGAAAUCCGUCUAGAUAAGGUGUUGGAAGGUCUUAACAUGGAGCGCAAACAGUUUGUCGACCUUUGCAUUCUCCUCGGUUGCGAUUACCUCGAUCCGGUCCCGAAAGUCGGCCCUACAACAGCAUUGAAGCUGAUUCGCGAAUAUGGCACAUUAGAAAAGGUUGUCGAGGCCAUGGAGAAUGAUUCCAAGAAAAAGUACACAUUGCCUGAGGAUUGGCCAUACAAGGAUGCACGCGACUUGUUUUUUGAGCCUGAUGUACGUGCGGCCGACCACCCCGACUGCGACUUUAAAUGGGAGAAGCCAGAUAUCGAAGGCCUCGUACAGUUUUUGGCAGUUGACAAGGGCUUUUCGGAGGACCGAGUUCGCAGCGGCGCGGCGCGAUUGGAGAAGAAUAUGAAGAGCUCUCAGCAAGCUCGCUUGGAGGGCUUCUUCAAACCCAUGCCUAAAUCAGACUCUGAGAAGGCUGCCCUCAAGCGCAAGCUGGACGAAAAGAAUGAAGAGAAGAAGAAGAAGCUCAAGCAGGAGAAGAAGGACAAGGCUGCCGCGAAGGCUAAGCCUCGCGGUGCUUAA